AUGGCGGAUACACAGACGCUGGAAAAACCAACUGACCAGAAAACAGAGCAUUUCGACGUCCUGAUCGUCGGCGCUGGGAUCUCUGGCGUUGGCGCGGCAUACCAUCUGAAGGAACAGUGCCCUGACAAGAGCUUCGUCGUGUUGGAAAGUCUUGAGAGCUUUGGUGGCACCUGGCACAUGCAUCGCUAUCCCGGUAUCCGCUCAGAUAGCGACCUCUAUACAUUUGGAUACAGGUUCAAGCCAUGGACGGGCGCGCCAAUCGCCAGUGCCGAAGAAAUCUUGAGCUACAUGGGAGAGGUGAUUGAGGAAAACAAUCUUGAUGACCACAUCCGCUAUGGCCACAAAAUCACUUCAGCAAAUUGGUCGUCAAAAGAUCAAGUCUACAAGCUUGAAGGUGUACGCACAGACACCGGUGAGAAAGUUCAUUUCACCGCAAACUUCCUGUGGAUGUGCCAAGGCUACUAUCGCCACUCAGAGGGCUAUACCCCAGACUGGGAAGGAAUGGAUGAUUUUGGAGGCAAGAUCGUUCAUCCGCAAACCUGGCCGGAAGACCUCGACUAUAAGGGGAAAAAUGUCCUUGUCAUUGGCUCCGGUGCGACAGCAGCGACCCUUGUUCCUGCGAUUGCCGGGGAUUGCAAUCACGUAACCCUGCUGCAGCGCUCGCCGACAUACUUCAUUCCAGGCCGCAACGAGAACGAACUCGCCGAUCUGCUGCGGGUGCUCGACAUUGAUGAAAGCUGGAUCCACGAGAUCACCCGCAAGGCGAUAUUGUACAAUCAGGCCGAGUUCACCAGACGGGCUUUCGAUGAACCAGAGGUGGUGAAAGAGGAACUGUUAGCGGGGGUGCGGGAAUAUCUCGGCCCUGACUUCGACAUGGAUACCCACUUCACGCCGAAAUAUCUGCCCUGGCGUCAGCGUAUUGCCUUCGUGCCAGAUGGCGACAUUUUUGAAGGCGUCAAAUCCGGCAAGGCCUCUAUUGUGACGGAUGAAAUUGAUCGGUUCACCAAGAAGGGCAUUCUGCUGAAGUCGGGCAAAGAACUCGAGGCAGACAUCAUUGUGACGGCAACGGGCUUCAAUCUGUCUGUGCUGGGGGAUAUCGACUUCAGCAUUGAUGACAAGCCACUUAACUUCGCCGACACGGUGACCUAUCGCGGCAUGAUGUUUACAGGCGUGCCGAACCUCGUGUGGAUCUUCGGCUAUUUUCGUGCCAGCUGGACGCUGCGUGUGGACAUUCUGGGUGAUUUUGUCGCCCGCCUGCUCAAUCACAUGAAGGAAAAAGGUGUUAAGAGCGUUACACCUGUCUUGCGCGAAGAAGAUGAGGACAUGGAGCUUCUGCCGUGGAUGGAUCCAGAAAACUUCAAUCCAGGCUAUCUUAUGCGCUCAAUGCAUCUCCUGCCGAAGCGGGGCAACAAGGCAGAAUGGCAGCACACCCAAGACUAUUGGGCGGAGAAGGAUGAGCUGCCAAAGAUUGAUCUGGACGAUCCAAUCUUCGACUACAAAUAG